CCGCCACCCGCUCCACUCGCGUCUGUACCGCGAACAGUUUCUCCACCGUCUGUACUCUCAUGUCAAUAUAAUCCUUUGUAUUUGUAAUAAAAUAUAUAAAAUUCGGGAAUGUGGACAACAGGUUAGGUUUUGAACGAGAGAAUUGAAGGAAAGAUGGCGCGCUUGGUCUGGCUGGCACUGGCGCUGGUGGUGCGCGCCGCAGCUGACGAGGCGGCCGACCCUGAUGGGCUGCUGGAGAAGGCACCAGAUGCUGUGGAUUCUGAGUACUCCAUAUUUGUCGGUCGCUGGACGGAGUGUGCCCUUUCGGAAAAGGACUUUGCGCUUGAAAGAUACAACAGGCAAAAGAACCCUGACUCACUGGUGCACACUCCCAGGCUCGGCCUCCAACGGCGACAGGUGCAGUGUCGGAAGAAAGAUGGCCGCUUCGUCGAGGCCAUGUUUUGCGGCCCAACCCUGGAGCGCGUAGGCACAACCAGGGUGUGCGUGAUGAAAGAUGACUGCAGCCUGGGUGAGUGGUUGCCAUGGCGACCGCGCCAAGAUGGCGCACUGGUACGCACGCGCCGACUACGACGAUUGCCACAAGGUGGCGGCAAGGAGUGUGAUGUGGUGGAGGAAAUCAGGCCAGCGGCGUUGGAGGCCAGCGCUCACUGGACCCCAGGCCCUUGGGGACCAUGUCGGGUCGCCAUCGAACAACCUGUCACACCUCCCACGAGCGACGACAGCGACGAUGAUGCAGACGACAAUGACGCCAUUUACGAUGAUGAUGACGACGAAGCAGAUGAUGAAGAGAAACAGACCAGUCAAGCCAGUUGUGGAGGAGGAGUUCAAAGACGCGAAGCAACUUGCGUGAAAUCUGAUGGAAGGGCGUUGCAUGUAGCGCAGUGUGCGCAUGCGCCGCUACCAACGUUAGUCCAGCCAUGUGAGGUACCAUGUCCAAGGGAUUGCGAAGUCGGAGAAUGGAGUGAAUGGGGCGCCUGCCAGCCCACUGACGGUUGUCCAUUAUACCCUGUCCAACAGCUUACAACUACAGGUUACAGCGUUCGCCGCCGACGCGUUAUUUCCGCAGCAUCGGGUGGUGGAGCCCCGUGCCCUCCGCUGGAAGAGAAAAGGACCUGCUCCUCUCCUCGCUGCGCGUCUUGGAAGGCCCUGCCUUGGGGACCGUGUGUACUCAACCAGCCUCACACUACUUGUGGCCCGGGGAAACGCACUCGUGAGCUGAGAUGCGUUGGACAUGACGGGAAAGAAGCUCAGCGCGCGUGGUGCAGUGGCACGGGGGCUCCGGCGCGCACGGAGCGCUGCCGCAUCGCCUGCGCCGGCGACUGCGUCGUGUCCUCUUGGGGGCUGUGGUCUCCUUGCUCUGCGGCUUGUGCUUCGGCGUCCCAUCCCCCUCCCACCAGGAGUCGACGACGACAUAUCUUGGCUCAUGCUGCUCCUGAUGGUUGGCCCUGUCCAUCAGAAGAUCAGCUCGUCCAGAAUGAAACAUGUAACAACCACGCAUGCGCGACUUACUCCUGGCUGGCGACUCCGUGGGGACCCUGCGAGAGACGACGAGAGGACUACAUAGCUAACACUAACUACACUGAUUUGCUGGAUGGAGAUCCUUACAAUGUGAGUGACGAAGAAGAGCCGUGCGUAGAAGAAGGCGAGAUGGUCCGGGACGUGAUGUGUGUGCAGGACAACGCCGACGUUGUGAGGGAAGCUCUAUGCGCCCCUCUUCGCCGUCCAGCGUCCCGCCGAGCCUGCACAGUGCGGUGCCUGCGCGGCUGCCGAGUGGAGGCCUGGGGACCCUGGUCUCCUUGCCCUAACUCUUGUGAACCAGGCAAGCAAGUGCGCGUACGCAUCGUCCACGGCGGCCCCAACUGCGGGCCGCGGCAGGAGGCCCGCGAGUGCCCCGUGGCGCGGACCUGCAAGCCCUGGGAGGCGAGCUGGGUGACCGGAGACUGGACCGCGUGCAGACUACCCCCCGAACAGCACUGCGGGAUUGGCUAUAGAGUGCGAAGUGUAUGGUGUGGGUCGGAGUCGCACCGAGUGGAGGCGGGGUCGUGCAGCGGGCAGCGCGUGCCGCAGAGCGUGGCCGCGUGCGCCGUGCCCUGCGACCGCCGCGUCUCCUUCGGCUGCGAUGUCAUCUGCGCGGACCCGCUCAAAUACUUAGAUGCAUCACAUCCAGACAUACCAAUUUGCAUUUGCAAAAAUGUAUCUUUGGAACUUCUCCCCGCUGACUCCGAUUGUAUACUUCCACCUGGACUUGAAUGUGGAGAAGGCAGAUCGUUGCGAGCGGCCCGCUGCAUGGUCGGCGGUCGAGAUGUGCCCAUGGAAGUUUGCAAAAAAUAUCAUCCUCUAACUGGUCCAAACCGCGUGCGCGAGGCGUCAACAGACGGGUACAAGUACGACACUGAGUUCCAGAGCUUGCUGCGCGGCGCGUGCAGCGUGCGGUGCGCGCGCGACUGCGCGGCCGGGCCCUGGGGCGAGUGGGGGCCCUGCGCGCCCGAGCCCGGCUCCCGCGCUGCCUUCCGCUUCCGCACUAGAGAGGUGAUAGAAGAAGGGUCGGGCGGCGGUCGAGAAUGUGGCGCUACGCUCCAGCGCGCGACGUGCGAGGUGGCGGCGCCGCGCUGGGCCGUGGGCGAGUGGAGCGUGUGCGCGCCGCGCCGCGCGCUGUGCGGCCGCGCGCUCGUCAACAGGACCGUCGCAUGCGUGGACGCAGACGGCAACUGGCUGGACGACGCGAACUGCGAGGCGAGCGGAGCGGGCCCGGCGCCGGCGCGCGAGACCAGCUGCCGCGCGCCCUGCCCCGGCGACUGCGUGCUCAGCGCCUGGUCCGACUGGAGCCCGUGCGAACAGACGAAGUGGGGUGGACGUCGAGACCGCACUCGGGUGGUACUUCGGCCAGCGUCAGAUGGUGGCGCAGCUUGCGGUCACCUCGUGGCGGCUGAACCCUGCUCCCCGCACGAGUACUCCUGGCAUAUCUCACCUUGGGACGACUGCCAGCCUCUAGGAGGAUCUCCUUGUGGUGAAGGUAUUAAGAAGAGAGCUGUCCGGUGUCUUCGAAGCGAUGGCGUUUUUGUCAACAAUUCAUUCUGUCCCAACGCAAGUGCAAUGGAACCGAGCGAGUCCUGGUGCUAUGUGCCUUGUGGCGUGGACUGUGAGCUGGGAGAGUGGAGCCCCUGGGACACUUCUGCUUGUUCUUGCGGCGACGCGUCUUCAGCGAGGCACAUGAGACGAACUAGACAACACCUGACAGCGGCGGUGUGGCCGGGCCGAGCGUGCCCGCCGAGCGAGCAGCGCGCUCCGUGCCCGCGCGCGCCGUGUCUGCGGCUCGUGGCGCGGCCCAGCCUGGGCUGCCAUGUCCAGACGGCAUCCCGCGAAGAAGCCGACGGCGCGUGCGGUUGGGGCGUGAAGAUCUCCCACGCUCGCUGCGAACUGACGAGCGUUGGGGACGAGCCCGCCUCGGAGGCCUAUCUGGAGCCCUGGCGCUGCGCUGUCGCCCUCCCUGGCAGGAUAAUAGCCCCUCCGCUGCAUUUCCAGGAGGAAGUAUGUGAGGUGGAGUGUGAUUGCGAGGCGCUGGGCGCGGCCCCGGGUCCGUGGGGCGCGUGGGGCCCCUGCCGCGGGGGCGCUCGCUCGCGCUCCCGGCAGCUGUUGUUGCCCGCCAGACGCGCCUGCCGGACUCCUAACAGAUUCGUGACGAUCGAGUGGGCGAACUGCACGGGCUCGGCGGACGAGAUCCCGGAGCUGCUGGCGGCGGAGCGCGGGGAGAAGCCGCGCCGCGCCUGGCUCGGCAAAGAUGUCUACCACGACGGCUACGUGGAGGGCAGCACCUCAGUGCUGGCAGUGGUGUGGACGGCCACCAUUGUGCUCAGCUUGUACGGGGCCUUCAUGCUAUACCGAGGGUUUCUCAGGUGUCUGAGAAGCAGAAAAAUGAAGACCAUCACCAAAGUCUAAGUGGAAAUAGAGAUAUGGAUCUUUGAUGACAAUCCUUCUGUCUGAAAAAGCCGCGCGAUAUCCUAAAUCAAAAACAGUCGUUUAGAGAGACACUAGACCCACACAGGGGCUUGUAUAUUCUUCAUAGGCCGCUAAACAGCAAUUCUUGCAUUGUUGUUUCUGUUUAACGGGCAAAAACUUGGCCAUAAAGCAGGCAAGGCGCGUGACACUGCUUAUAUUACAGUUUGACACUUCUGCGUGUUGCAGGCGUCCAUAGACUGCAGUGACCACUUUCCAUCUAGUGACCGCAACGAGCACAUGUCUGUUUGUCAACUUAGUAAUAUAAAAAGUACCUGUGAUGGUCUCUAGUCUCAGCUCUUUGGGGUGGUAUCUGUCAGGAUAUUUCCUAUCUCGAUUUAUGUUGAACCUAAAGUUGUAUAUUUUGUUGAGUUUAUAUUUUUAUUACGUAAAUACCAAAGGUCUAGGUUAUGUUGUUAGUAUGUAUCAACUAUUUGGUCGUUACGUUUUGUAUCUCAAGUUAUACAUAAUCUAGUUAACUUAUUCAAGUAUUUUGCUAAACAACUCUUAAUCUUGAAAAAUGUUUUGCUUCCACCAUGAGAGUUCAUUUAAAUGUUGUCAGCUACUUCUACCAAAUUUAGUCCCCUCAUAACAAAUGGCAAUAGCUUGCAUGAACACGAACAAAUGGACGUUCGAAGCAUGCAGUGUAAUUUAGCGAAAUAGCAUAAUGUAAGAAAACUAAAAUCCAAUGAAACCAUUGACAUCAUUAUAAGUAUAAUCGCAAAUAUCAACAGUUAAAAAUAAGUUAGGAAUAUGACAAAUUAGCCAGCAAACAGUCUGUCCGCAGGUGUGCUUCCAUGUUUUUACGACAAAUGUAUGGUAAUUUAGACGGUU